CCCGAGCACUUCCUGUGCCAACACUGCAACAAACAGUUGAGUGAAGACCCGGAGGGAUAUCACGAGCACAACGACAAGUCCUACUGCCGGCCCUGUUAUAUCGAGUUGUUUGCCCCGUACUGUCGGGGUUGUAAUAAACCGAUUGUUGAGAAGAUAUGUGUGACAGCAUUGGACUCCAAAUGGCAUCCAGACUGUUUUGUGUGCAGAGACUGUCACUGUCCUCUCAAAACCGGCAAUUACUUCGAGUUUGAAGGCGAGCCCUAUUGUGAGGAGCACUACAGAUGUAAGAUGUGUCCGGAUUGUGUGAAACUAAGGAGGGCUCAAAACAAGUACUUCGGACAAUCGCCUCAAAUUAAAUUAGGCGCUUAAUAAUGAAGAGUAUUUAUUCUUCGACCAAUUGAUUCUUAAAUAACCAUUCAUUCAAUUUAAUUAGUUUUCAAUUUUAUAAUAAUAUUUUUCAUACUAAAAUAUU